AUGCCUAAAAGAACCCGAGAAACUUCGAAUGAUGUAGUAGAUGUCCUUGUUAUCGAGAGUGAUCCGGAGGAGGACAACAAUUCCAAAGACAACGAUGUUAUCUUUGUGGAAGAAGUUUCCACCAGCAACACGAGCACUUCCAGACCACCAAAGCAGACCAGCACGGCCGCCAUACCACCAAAGAAGAAACAACAGACCGGAACGACUCCUCGAAGGAAUCCAAUACUUUCAUGUCCCCUAUCGAAGCCCAAUAAAGAAUGUUCCCGCUGCAAGACUGAUGACACGGUAAAUCAAAAAACUCUACAUUGUCAUUGUGGAAGUAAGAUUAAACUUCGAAAGGGACGUUUAGAAGCUGCUGAGGAUCACUGGAAAAGCCGAGCUUGUAAAGAUCGUACAGAGAGGAUAGAGGCAAACAAAGUCCUCUCAUCCUGGGUCACUGUCACAAAGGUCAAAAAGACGAUUGAUAUGCCAUGCUCGGGAUUAACUGACGAGUCAUGGAAGCGACCACGAUCCAAGUACACUAUUGCCAAUUGUAUUGAACAUUCUCCUAUGCCAUACCACGGGGCUAAACGCUGGGUUAUAUGUCAAGAGCUUUUUGGUACAACUCAAGAGAUUCAACUUUCGGCCGAUCAGAAGAAACGACUGCACAACACUCUCGAAGCGAACGCGGUUUGGAAAAUUCGGCGACAUGGCGAGCAGGCAUCUAUCCACUCGGCUCAGUGUACUAACAAGGUGGAAUGUCAUGCUGGUACUUUGCAUCCGAUGUGUGAUAAGUGUGAGGAAUUGAAAAAAAUGAGACAAUCAAAUACAUACCAAGAGUUUUGA